AUGAACACUGAAUCACAAUUUAGUAAUCUGCAUGCUGAUCUGAUUCGACUGCUUCCAGUGGACACAGCGAACCGCCUAGAUCCGGAUUGCUUUUCUCGGUAUCGAUAUGACUGUUUAGAACUACUGGCCGAUCUGUUGAACAAAACCCGAUUGUCCUCGAAUCACACUGUGAACCCGUUCACAUUUCCUCAUUUCGAUCACAUGUGUCACGAUGACAAACCACAGGCCUGGGUCACCGAACGUGCCUAUGUGGUCGCCCUGACCAUGGCCGUGUUAGGCUGUGUCGGUCUAACUGGGAAUAUCAUCAGUUGCGUGGUGAUUGCUAUUCACCUACUCAAAUUCUCCGGGACAUUUGUUCUAUUCCUAUUUCUCUCUGUGUCCGAUUCGCUUGUGGUUGUCAUGCAAAUUGUCGAUGCAUAUCGAAAUUUCGUCGCAGUUAGUCAGUACACCACACUGGACUCGGAAACCGAACUGACCACGAUCAUGAUUCAUCGACGGGACUGGAGCUGUAAGAUUUUCCUAUUUUUCUGGCAUUUUGCUCUUCAACUAUCAGCGUGGCUUGUGAUGGCUCUCAGUGUGGACCGAUAUGCCAGUUUGAAACACAAUCAAUUCAUUCGCAGCCGACCAUUCCUCUACCGUCGUGCUUGGAUCAUUGUUGGGUCAAUUGUAACUGUACUGUUUCUGUUGAAUUUGCCGUUUCUUCUUUUUGUGAAAUCCACCGUAAUUAAAACACAUUGCGCGUUGAACCACUUUUGUAUAUUUGGUGGAUUGGACAGUUUGUGGCCAAAAUCUACCAAUUUACCAGCAACAAAUCCGUUGUUCGGACCGACAGUGACUGGUAUAGCCACGGUUCCCAAAGUGCCGAAAGAGGACUUGGAGGUGAUCUCCAUACGAGAAGCGGUGGAGAGUCCUACAGCACGUUGGAUCAGUCUAUGGCUCAGUCGGCAACAUUUGUUCGUGUUCGGAAUCAUUCCGUAUCUGAUCACAUUCAUAUUCAACAUGAUCCUGAUACAUUAUUUGUGCUCGUGUCNCUCGUGUCCGGCCAACAAAAACGUCGAUCUAGCCGAAUGGGUUGAUAAGCCGACACCACGUUCCAGUAUCCACAGGAUCAAACAGACUAAUUUGAGAAAAGUUAGCGGUUGUGCAAGCUGGUUUCCUCGACUUAACUGUUACAAUCAUUCGAGCUGGUCAGUGAAAAGAAAAUCGACUGCAACCAUACCCUUGGUUGUCAUCAAUCAACCCCGAGUCAAUAGGAAAUGGGAGGUUCCCAGUUCCAAUCAUCAGAUACAGAACAACAGUAAUUGUAAGCACGUAACUCCCCUUCAAAAUGUGCAAACUAUCAUCUGCGGUCCAGAACCCAUUGGCCAAAGUGCCCACGAUGCAAAUGGUCAAGAUCAGCAUCCGGCGAAUCCGUGUAUGCCCGCAACCAGCACUCUGGUACAUGACAGUACAAAUUGUAACAGCAAUGACUGUAUUGCCAAAUGUAUGCACUUGUGUGACGAACGAAACGUGCCAGCCAAAAUCGAUGGUCGGGCUGAAAAACCGAUGCGCAUGAAUCAUGCAGCUGUAGUUCAAGAAAACCAACCAGGACACCUAGGUCAGUCCAGACCGGUCACAUACUCAGGGGUUCGCAAAAGAACACAGAGCUCCAGUUCAGGAUUUUGGAUUGGUCAGAAGAGAACCACCAUUUUACUGUUGGUCGUCACAUUCACUUUUAUCGGACUGACGCUACCCUAUCAUAUCUACGUCGAAUUGGAACACGACUUACCUCUGCCAGGAUUUUGGGCGUAUCACACAUUGCUUAUCUCAACACAAACGUUCUGGGUGAUGUGCUUGCCAUUUAGUUAUAAGGUGCCCGAGUCAAAACUCACUUGGUUCCAUAAAGUCAACAAAGGAGCAUCCAAUCACUACGAUGCAGUACAUGCGGCUGAGGAUCUUUGCCGAUUUUUACUGUUCCUGAACAACUGUAUGAAUUUCAUUGUCUACAUGACUGGUCGUCAGUUUCGAAAAGGAUUCUUCCUAGUCCUCCACCGACUUCGUCAAUCGGUUCUCCGCUGGAUCACCUGUCAGCCACCGCAGACCGAUGGAAGAUGGCAUCGUCAUCCGCCAAAUCAUCAUCAUCGAAGAAACAAACAUCGACAUAUGGUUCGCGAUCAAAAAAAGGCUUGCCGAAUUAUUCUGGAGGCGAAUCAGGCCAGACCACAUAUAUCGAUCGAACCUCCAUGUAUCAUUCAUGAACCGGGUUGUCCGUUAGCCCGUCAAGAUGCGUCUGUGAUAUUCUCUGUGGAACGAUAG